UGGAGGUGGGUCCAGGGUUCCAGGCACUUGUCAUCCAGUUGUCAUCUCCAAUUCUUCCUCCAGGGGAAUAUGCGGGGCCACCCCUCUCUGCUGCUCCUGUACCUGGCACUGGCCACCUGCCUGGACACCUCACCCAGCGAGGAGCAGGAGCAAGGUAUCUUCCUGGGCUCCCUGGAAGCCCAGAGUUUCCUGAGAAGCCGCAGUAGGAUCCCAAGAGCCAAUCACUGGGACCUGGAGCUGUUCACUCCGGGAAACCUGGAGCGGGAGUGUCGCGAGGAGAGGUGCUCCUGGGAGGAAGCCAGAGAAUACUUUGAGGACAAUGUUCUGACGGAGCGCUUCUGGGAGGGUUAUAUCUACAAUGGCAAAGGAGGACGUGGCCGCGUGGAUGUCGCAGGCCUGGCUGUGGGCUUGACCUCGGGCAUCUUGCUCAUCGUCCUUGCUGGUCUGGGGGCCUUUUGGUAUCUACACUGGAGAAAGCGUAGAACCCAGCAACCCUGUCCCCAAGAGACCGAGCUCAUCAGCCCCCUAAGUCCCCUGGACACGCCCACGCCCCUGCCUCCUCCUCUGCCUCCAGGACUCCCCACCUAUGAGCAGGCGCUGGCGGCCUCAGGGGUGCACGAUGCCCCUCCGCCCCCCUACACCAGCCUGCGGAGGUCUCGCUGAAGUGCUGCCUCGGAGCCGGGGAUCCCCAGCUGUGCCCCAGAUUCACACCGGAAUCCGGAAGCCCCCAGGCCUCUGAAACUCCCGACCUGGGGUGCUACGGGGCGGGGAGGGUGUUGGGAGUUGGGGUCUUCCAGCACAAGGCCUGCCACAAAACACGUGUCCCUACAGCCUGGGGGGACACAAGCGUGUCCCCGGGCCUGGUUUUCCCGUGUCCCGGCCCCCAGGCUCUCCUGAUCAUGGGGGUACCCCCCAGCUUCGCCCCCCACCCCGUGAAGGGGGUAUGUAGGAACUCAGACCCAAGCCGGGUGGAAGGACUCGCGUGUGUGAGCAGGUGUGACGACCGCCCUCGCCCUCGGGUGUCGCGGGCCCAGCAUAUGCAGAGGCUCACCCGGGGUCGGGGACACGUGUGUUUCGGAGCGCCCCCCUCCCAAUGCACACCCGGGGAGGGGGGGCUUAUGUGCAAGCGUGCCCGGUGGGGACAAGUUUCGGGGUAGGGGAGUUGAGCUUUCCUUCUAAAUUCCUCUCUAGAAGAAGAAAAAUACCUUCCCCCCCAAAGCGAGACAAUGCAAAAAAAAAAAAGUAAAUAACAGUAACAAUAAAAUCAAAAAUAAAAAAAUCAAAUCAACUGGACCGCGUUCCCUGGUGCGUCUGCGCGCGGCUAGCCAGGUUUUCAGUACAAGCGCAGCGCCCUACA